AUGUCAGCCACGGAUGUCCUCACCGAGGCGGCCACUCCGACAGAGAUAGCGACAAGCGUAGCAAAUGGCAGCGAUGUGACGCAGAGCACUGGAAAUUACGUCGUCGUGAGUACUUCGGAGAGGUUGACAGACGUUUUUCAUGCGUUUGUGGGCUCCGAUGCCGGCAGCCCACACACGCCUGAUAGGCGUCUCGGUGGUCUCGAGCCGGCUGGUCCAUGCGGCGCUGACACGCAGAACACGAUUAUCGGCCUGCUGAUCGUCCUCGGGGCAUCGGUGCUUAACGCAUUCGGAUUGAACCUCACCAAGCUCGACCAUUUGCAGAACUCAGCGAUCCCGAAAGCUCAGCGGAAGAAGGAGUACCUGCGACCACUAUGGCUGGGCGGCAUGGGAAUUUACAUUCUGUCUCAGGUGCUGGGCUCGCCGCUUGCCCUCCGCUACCUGCGACCAGACUGGGUUGCGCCAUUGGGAGCGAGCUCGCUGAUCUUCAACUUUGUGUUUGCGUACUUCCUUGUGGGAACGCCCGUGACUACGUCGGACAUCCGGGGAACAGCGCUAAUUGUGCUGGGCGUGAUCCUCAUUCUCGUCUUCUCGAGUAUCAACCACGGCCUGCGCGACUCGCUCUCAAUAGACGAGCUGUCGGCGCUUUGGCGUCGACCGAGCUGGCUGUCGUAUUUCUUCUUCCUGACGGCUGCUACUUUCGGCGUGUACCUGAUUUCAGACGUCCUAGCGAAAGUGUCCAAGAACCGGGCGAGCCUCGACUCGCUGCCCUCGCCCGAGCUCCCGACCACACGUUUCGGGCGCGCGUCUCCCGGUGCCAACGGAUCCGCCAUCGCUGAGUACUGGGGCAAGGGCAAGUGGAUCUUCAAGUACGCUCGCGGCACAUUCCAGCACUACGAGAAUAUCAUCCUGCGACACAUGGAGGCCAUGCUCAGCCGCACUUCUGAGAGUCGUGUGCAGUGGUUCGAGGGCAUUGGCUGGGCUGUUUGCGGUGGAAGUCUCGCUGGCCUCUGUAUCAUCUUCACCAAGGCCGUCGUCAAGAUCACCUGGCUUCCUGGACACCCGAUUGUCUGUCUGAACAGAGCCCUCGUGUGCGCCGACACGGUGACGGUUGUCCCGCUCUUCUACGCCGGCUACACCGUGUUCGGUGCUAUCAACGCCCUGAUCUUCUACGACCAGACAGGCGCGUACGCGACGUGGACGCUCGUCUGCGUCUUCCUCUCCAUUGCAGUGCUCAUCAGCGGAGUGCGUACUGACGAUGACCAAGCCGCCCAAGGGCCGCAAACAACGACGACCGUCGACGCAGACCCCGCCGUGCGGUUGCACCCGCGCCAGCCUACCGAUGGCGGUGAGAAUGGCGGCGUGCUCUGGACAGUCGGCGAGGAUGAGGACGAGAGCGACGACGAGGACAAGAAGGACGGCCCUGGUGUUGGAGGCACUAACACCGAGGGCGAGCGCGGUGGCCUGCUCCUUGUCCACGACGAGGAUGAGCGCCUGCACAGCCCCGCGCGGCGAGCAUCUAGGCGAUUGGAGGACGAGGAGGAGGCAGAGUUCGGGCCGUUCGCGUCGCCGAUGCGUUCUCCCCGUUCUCUGCAAUGA